CGAGUGUCUUGGCCACUUAUAUCAUGUAUCCUUCUUGUCUUCUUCUUCAAGCAGCAGGCCGAGGACAACGCGCUAAGUAACAUCAACGUACGAGGUGUCAGUUGAAUUCAGAGGGGCAUGCAUGCAGCAGUAGUUUUCAUCAGGUUCCAGUAAUAUUACCGUCAUAUGAAUAGGAGGAGCUCGAGUCAAUUGUGAAGCUGGUACUACAGUUGUUGGAAUCGUAUGCUGUGAGUAGUCGGUCGGUUGACAGAUCACUGUUGGAUUUGACUCUAGAGACUUGUUGAUACUGAUCUCACAGACCGAUUAGGCGAACACGUUCGGGAAGUCAAGAUUUGAGCUCUGUUUGGUCGAUGGCUUUCAACGAAAAUGGGAAGGUGCAAAAUGCCUGGGUGGAGUACCUAGGUACGUCAACACUAGAAGCCGUGGACCGUUUGAGUGCUGUGUCAUCGAUACCGAAUGUGUACACGCAGGGCCCGAUGUCUGCAGAAGACUCACCUCCCAUCAAUCCUGGUAAUCCCGAAGACGUGUGGGUCUACGACAGCGGGCUCGACACUGUUCUGGGCAUUCCCAAACGUGGAACCUGGCACUACAAUCGAGCAAGUCCGGGAUGGCCAGAGCUUCUGGGCAGACCGUACAAGGAAGCAAUUGAAACGAUAGUUUCGGAAGAAGUUGGGGUCAAUGUGAUUUUCGGACCGGAGGGAUUUAUCCGCAUAAUGAACAUCGAUAUACGCCGAGUGUGGUUGGACGUGGACAAAAACGGAAAUGUGGCCAAAGUUCCACGUCUUGGUUAAGUCUGAGCUCCAUUUGUAUAGCUACAAUAUUCCGACAUGGGAACAUGUGUCUGCAACCAGGUUGCACAAGAACAUAGAUUCUUUUGAAAGAUCGAUCCCAGAAGCAAAAGCUACAGACAUGAAUAAACUCGUGCCUAUUUACUGUCUGCAUUCUUCAUGUACUUCUGCCGCAGUUGACAAUUCCAGUAAGUUGUAGGGGAAUUUCGUCUGUCUUCUCAUUCUUGUACGUUUUGUGUACGGAGCUCACUUUUAUGGUGCGCUACCAAAAGCACCUAGGUUCCAUAUGUACUGAUAAUAUGUAAUUCAAACACCUUUAGAUUAUCAACUUUUACUUGAUAAUUCUAGCACCCAGAGAUUAGAAGAUUUCAUUCUUUGUAUCUCUUAAUCGAUCCAAUGCAAGAAAAUCGCGA